AAUGGUAGGAGUGAUUCUUGCACCAUUCUUCGCAAGACCUCUGCUCCUGUAUGAACUUACCCAGCCACUGCAGUCCCCAGUCUUACGCCGACACUCUCGCUGAGAACUAGACCGGACAUACCACGACGGCCGAGCGAGUGAGGCAGUGUAACAGAGCUUUUCUCAUCAACACAAUGGCGGAUGAAACAGCCCCAUCAACCACAGCCCCAUCAACCACCCAAUCAACCACAGCCCCAUCAACAACCCCAUCAACCACAGCCUCAUCAACAACCCCAUCAACCACAGCCCCAUCAACCGAAGCCCCAUCAACCACAGCCCCAUCAACCUCCCCAUCAACCACAGCCCCAUCAACCUCCCCAUCAACCACAGCCCCAUCAACCUCCCCAUCAACCACAGCCCCAUCAACAACAGCCCCAUCAGCCACAGCCCCAUCAACCACAGCCCCAUCAACCACAGCCCCAUCAAGCACAGAUCCAUCAACCACAGUCUCAUCAACCACAACCCCAUCAACAACAGCCCCAUCAGCCACAGCCCCAUCAACCACAGCCCCAUCAACCUCCCCAUCAACCACAGCCCCAUCAACCACAGCUCCAUCAACCACAGCUCCAUCAACCACAGCCCCAUCAACCACAGCCCCAUCAGUGACUCCAUCAAGCACGCCACUAGCCACAGCCACAGCAGGCCUAUCAGAGGAGGCUUCAAGUAACACAAAGGAAGAGGACAAGACAAAGAGAGAGACAGACAAGAGGGAGCCAAAGAACGAAGAGACCCAGCGGCUCCAAAGAUCAGAGAAGACUGUGGAUGGUGCUAAAAGGAGAGGAUAUCCCAAAAAGAAGCCACACGGUGCAGGAGUGAAACGUGAAGCUACUCCGUCAGUCUCAGUGACGGAUAAGCUUUCUCUGGAGGCCACGUUCCAAUUCCACGUCAAGAACUUCAGCAAGGUGAACAUGCCGCUGUGGUCAGCACCGUGCUGGCUGCAUGGCAUGCCCUGGAUGAUCAGAGCUGGCCCAAUCACCGUGCCAUUCAAUGAAAAUGAAAAAAAAGAAAAAAAAUUUCUUUCCGUUGGGUUGCGGUGUGAGGGCGUUUGGGGCGCAGCCUUCUGGGCCUGUUAUGGCAUAGCUGACUUCUCCCUCCUGCCCGUCAACAGGAAGCAGGCUCCGCACGUCGUGGGAAUAGAAUGUUUGUUCCAAAAGAAUGUCAGAUUGGGGAUAGUAAACCAGUUCAUGCUUUGGGAGAAUGUUCUGAACCCUCACCACGGGUACAUUGAGGACGACGCGGUCACCUUUAAGGUACGGCUCAGGACAGCCCCGCCCUAUGUCAUCAACUGGAGCAGUGACAGACUGGUGAGGGCGCCAACGCAGACCCUCGCUGUGCCUCCCCCGCAUGUCACCAGCGGCAGGAAGGAUGAGGACUGUAACAGUGACGUCAAUGAGAAUGACAGUGACGACGACAGCGAUGACAAAGACUACAAUGACGAAGACAGCGAUGACGAGGACAUGAACAAGUAUGAAGGCUUAUAUGCCCAGAAGAAUUUACAUAUGUAUAUAUAAGAAAGGAGGAUUAUGGAGGAAUUGACAUUAUAAGUUGUGGAUUUCUAAAUAUGAACAAUGGGGAAAUCAGAAAGUUCGAUAUGGUGAACACAAAAGAGAGAGAGAGAGAGAGAGAGAGAGAGAGAGAGAGAGAGAGAGAGAGAGAGAGAGAGAGAGAGAGAGAGAGAG